CCCGCGCGCGCGACCGCGCUUGUGUAGUGACAGGUGACAGUUGACAGUUUAUUUUUUUAAUUCCAGACAGAAAAUUUUGGAUAGCAUGAGGCUCAUUUUUUGGGUCACAGCAUUUGCUGUGCUCAGCAUAUCAUGCGCCAAGAACUCGACAGCGAAAACGAAACCGAAACGACAAUUAGACAAUAUAAGAACGCCGCAAAAUCUUCAAUAUUCUUUAGUACUUCCACAUUCAAGAGUUGCGCAUUUUCGAUCCUUAUCCAGCAGUCGCAGAAUUUCCAACGUUCAACCCCGUGGAGGUAAAUUGCCCCCAUAUGCAGUGCAAAUGGAACCAGUUGUGCAGUACUCUCAAAAAGAUCCAUUGUAUGAUCCCAACCAUGAUCAUAUAGAAAACACGGAUGUUAAUAGAAAUGAGAUAUUUGCUCAACCAAAAAUACUUAACGUUCACGAUCAAGAUUCUGAAGGUUCCUUCGGUCCUCCUUAUGGUGCUUUGCCCACUGCCCCGCUAUACAGCGAAGAUGUUCACCCACACUACAUUGAUGCUCCAGAACCUAUAAUUGAAAUUAUUAUUAAAGAAUCCAACGAGUCGUUACCUGCACCACCUCCUGCUCCAAUUCAAAAGAAGAAAAAGGAACCUGUCCAAGUAUUUUAUGUAAAAUACAGUAAGGAUCCUCAUUCUAAAGAUAAAGUUGUAUAUGAAAAGCCUAUACCAGCAAUAACACCCCCUUCUAAUGAUGAAGAUAACCACCAUGAAGAAUACGUCACAGUUACCCCUGAACCUUUGUACAUACCCGCGCAAACAACUACAUUAAGAGCUAUUAUAAAGCCAGAGUCAGAAACUUAUCACAGCAACAGCAACGUCAAGAUUACAUUUGGAAAUGAUAAUCAUCACCAUGGCCAUAGACGUGAAGAGAAUUCACAGCAUGAAGAUCGAGAAGAGACAGCUCCGAGACCAGCAAUCGCUUUGCCUAAUCAACGUUUAAGUGAAGUACCGUCCGAACGUUCGGUUUCACCGAGACCACAAUAUAGUGAUCAUGACACAAAACAUAUAAAUCAUCCUAGUUCGCAAACCUUUCAAUUUGGACAACAAGCCCAAAAUCGCAUCCAAUUUCAACAACCAUUUAUUAAUCAUGAACCUCAAUUACCACGACAAGGUCCUUCGGCUGCCCCCUUCAGAGGUCAAGUACCACGCGAAAAUCCAUUUGGUCCAUCUCCAUCACUUAGCCCUCGUCCUUCUUUUUCAAGCGUAUCUCCAAGUCCUAGUAAUCAUUUUGCAAAUGUUGCUCCAACUAUCCCCGGACCGGUUGGCCCAGUUUUUCCAACAUUCUCAAGACCGAAUAACCAACCUCCAUUCCAUGUUCGUCCAAGCAAUACACCACCUUUUGGCACGAGACAACAUUUUCCACCAAGAACUAGUUUCCAUUCCGGUCCUCAGAGACCAUUCCAUCAAUCCCCUCAACCACAACCAUACUUCGACGAAGCUAAAUAUUUACAGGAAAAUUAUCACACAAUAACAACGGAUCAUGUAGACCCUCCGAAACUUCAACUGAUACCGAAUAGACAAACUCAAAACUUCAACCAAAGUCCUAAACCUAGUGCUAAUCCAUCUCAAGUUCAUUUUUCUGAUCAUCAAUCUCGACCUCAACAAUUAAUUCCGUUCAAUCAGCAGCUACCACAACAAAGACCUGCUCACGUUUUUGACAACAACAAACCGUCGUUCACAGUAACUCCAAGCAGAUCACCAUUCUUUAAUUUAAAACCAUCUCCACCACAUAUUGAAGAUAAUCGAACUCCUUUCCAACGUCAACCAAAUCCUACUCACCAACAUACCAGUUUUCAUCUAGGCUCACAAUUAGCUAGGCCUUUAAAUCAACAAACUCAAGAAAAUAGUCACAACCAACACUCAUUUUCAGGCAUAAAUUCUCCAUCACCAUCACCUUCACCCUCUCCUUUGCCCUCUGGACACAACCAGUUCUUACCACAACCCUCUUCCCCACCUUUAUUUAACUUCCAUUCACAAUCUUCUUCGAUUGGUAAUCAACCUAGUUUCCAGCAACAUAGUUCUGUGACCGAAAGACCUCAAAACCAACAAAACAACUUUCCAUUGACAUCAAAUGCAGAACAUCAACAGAAUAUCAAUCAGUUCGUACCGAACGGUGGGGAAUUAGUGGCUGCUAUACCAAAAUAUGAACAACAUAUAACGGUAAAUGGAGCUAAUUCUGAUUCUGAUUUCAAAGGAUUAAAUAUUUUAAGUCAACCGACACCAACGCCUCAUCAUGCUGUACAUCAACAACAACAAGUAACUCAAGAUCAAUCGCAAUACUCGGAUGCAGAACAACAACAAGUAAGAUUACAACUUGCGCAAAAUGUAAGAAAACAACAGGAAGAAAUACAACGCUUACAAAAUCAAUUACAAUACGCCCAACAACAACAUAAUCAGCAGCAACAUCAACACCAACAGCAACAGCAACAGCAGCAACAGCAACAACAGCAACAACAGCAGCAAAUCCAGCAACAACAGCAGCAAAUACAACAACAGCAGCAACAACAAAAACAACAGCAACAACAAAAACAACAGCAACAAGAGCAACAACAACAGUACCAACAACAACAACAUCAGCAGCAACAACAACAAAAUACUCAAUACGAUCAAAACUACAAUCAGUAUCAAUACCAAGUACAACAAAGUAUAUCAAAUCCUCAGUACGUUCAAGAAAGGACAAGACAACAGCCUACGUAUGUUUCUAGCACGGCAUCUCCUGCUUACUACCAAUCUACAGCAAGGACUGUUGAAAUAAGACCGACAACUCAAAAAUACGUUUCAUCAACUGUAAAUACCAUAAGCAGCGCACCGGAAACAAGUAAAGACGAAAAUAAAAAGAGGCCUGCAAUUGAACUACCUGAUGAAGUUCCAGAUGAUUUAAGACAACAGUUAUUGUCAUCUGGCAUUUUAGAUAAUGCUGACAUUAGUGUUCUUGACUAUGAUAAAGUAGGUGAAACGCCUCUUGAAUCUUUGCCACCAGAUCAAUUAGCAAACUUUUUUAGUGCAGGCGGUGGUCAACAAAUAGCUUCUAGUGAGCAUAGACCUAUAGUUGUAAAGCAAAACGGCGACAGCAUUGAAUCUAGAAUAGAUGAAAAUGCAGAUGAUGAUGACGAUCAAGAUAUAGCUGCUUCAGAAAAUAUUGCAAGCUAUGUGGCUCCAGCGCCUACUCAAAAACAAGGCGUAGAAAUGAAAGUUGUACAUUUUGAUCCAAAAACACCAGAAGGUCAAAAAAUAGCGAGUGAUUACGUAAAGGAAGAUGCUACCCAAGUAGAUCCAGUUGCUUUAAAUGAUAAGAAAUACAACAGAUAUCUACCCCUUAAAGUUAGCGGCAACCAAUUUCCACUACCCGAUGUACUAAAGGGACGAAAAAUUACUUCAGUUGUUGUAUUAGCUCCAGUACAAACAGAGGAAUUAAAUGGUGAACAUCCAAGGGCAGAACGCGCAGCCACUGACAAUCUAAGAGGAAUUAAAUUUGUUGCUGGUGAUAGCUUACACAAUUUAUUAAGAAAACCAACAAAAGAUAACUUCGAAAAAUGGUUAAACAUUGAAAAGAAAACUGCUUCAGACGAACAAUCUGUUAUCCUUCUUGUCACAGGAAGUGAGGAGCCAUCAGAAGAAAGAGAAAUAUUUAUGUAUGACGUUGCAUCAGGCACUGUUAAUAAGCUUAGCGGUGAACUAUCUAACGCAUUCGUCGAGGCCGCUGAAAAUAACUCACUGAGCAAAGAUUUUGAAAAGUUAGCUAUUGAAGGAGAAGGCACACCAGAAAAUUUCAAUAAAGAACCUACAGAUGAUGCCGUUUCAGAUGGAUCUGAACAUGUGCCAUUAUUUGUAGAUUUAUCAGGAGUCAAUCUAGACAAUGACAAUAAUCGAGUAUUAAUAUCAUCAGGUUAUAGUAAAACAAAACGCGGUCGAGCUAUCCGAAGACAUUGAUGUACAAACGCCAUAU